AGCGGCAAAGGCUGAGAUCAAGGGUAAGGCCACGUAAAUAUCAUCCUGAAUGUCGCAACCACCACCAAUUCCACCUCUUCCAACGGACUACGGUGCACCUCGACCACCACUACCACCACCUAUACCACCACUUCCAAUAGAAUAUCUAAGAGAACAAUCCAAAUCACCUUUACCUGCUCCUCGUGCUCAUCGAGUUGAUCUAGAUCUACCAUACAACAUGGCUAGAUCCUUGGAUAAUGCUGUUUAUCCCCCUCAUCAACGUAACCCAAACCCAGGUUUCAUCCUACCACUUCCUACUGCCGUUCCUCUCCCUGUUUCACCACGUCCACACCACUCUCCUUCAAUGCCACCACCUCAACCUCACUACCCACGACACUCUCCUCCUGCACGUGCUCAAAGUCAGAGCGCCGUUCCCAGUCUCACAGCCCCUAUUCCAACCGUACAGUCUCUCUCCAUCGCACUUCCCACAAUACAACAGCCCGCUCACGAUCCUGCACUCAAACUCGCUUGGGCCCGUGACGUUCUUGUCCUCGUAGAUCGUACUCAAAAUCCUACCGCAACUGACAUCCCAGCGGUCCCUCUCAUACAGCACCUUGCAAACAUAAAUCAACAACCACUUCCUCUAUUCGCAGCUGAAGCAAUAUACCUCCGUGCCACCCUAGAAUCAAGCGGUGCUUACCCGGAUCGCAUCCCACACAAUCCCCGUCAGGCAUUCCGCGAUUUCGAAGCGGCUGCACGUGCAGGUUACGCUGCUGCAUGGUUCCGUCUCGGUCGCGAUUACGAAAACUUUAACGAUGCAGUCCAUGCCAAAGACUGUUUUGAACGAGGCGCAAAGUUGGGCGUCGAAAGCUGUGUUUAUCGCAUGGGUAUGGCCAAUCUAUUGGGUCAAUUAGGGUUUCCUCCAAAUCCGGCUGCUGCCCUCCCCUUUUUGCAGCGCGCAGCUACACUCGCCAGUACUACUACCCCUCAACCCGCCUAUGUCUUUGCCCUCCUUCUCCUCGGCGAAUUCUCCGCUGCUUCAUUGCCUGCCUCUCUCCUACCUCAACCGCACAUCGCUCAAUCAGAGGCCCGCCGCCACCUCGAGCGUGCAGCCUACCUUGGUUUCGCACCCGCACAAUACAAGCUCGGUCACGCUUACGAAUUUGCAAGUCCACCUUUCCCCUUUGAUGCAUUGCUCAGCGUCCAGUAUUACUCUCUCGCUAGUCAGCAGGGCGAGGUCGAGGCAGAUAUGGCCCUCAGCAAGUGGUUCUUGUGCGGUGCGGAAGGUGCAUUCGACAAGGACGAAAGUCUUGCUUUCACCUUUGCAGAAAAAGCUGCCAGGCGCGGGUUACCAAGCGCUGAGUUUGCCAUGGGGUAUUAUAAAGAGGUCGGCGUGGGCGGUGAAAAGGAUAUCCAGGAAUCGAUGAAGUGGUACUCCAUCGCUGCUGAACAUGGAAACACAGAUGCUGUAGAACGUAUCGCAGCGCUUAACCAGGUCGUCCCUCAAGCCCUUUCACGACAAGAGCACGACACCAUCACCGAAGCCCAACUUGUCCGAAAGCGUACUCAAGCACGGGAACGAUCAAGUGGACAGCCACGCAUGAGCGCGGAAGAUGGAAGACAAGUCAUGGAAAUGGCGAGAAAGAGUUCAAUCGUGCGACAGCAAUCACCACCCCAGUCGCAUGCGCACAUGAUCUCGCUUGUUGAGAAUUCAUCGCCUUCUGCUGUACCCCAGCAACUACCUCCACAACAACAACAGCAACAGCAACAACAGCAACAGCAACCGCAGAGGCAGUUCGCGGGUCAACAUCGGUACACCCUUGUAGACCCUGGAUCUGGGGGUGCGCCGCCGUCGCGUCAACAGUCACCGUCACAACAGCCACAACCACAGCCAGCGUAUGCAAGAGCGGCUGGGAGACCGCCUGGCCAGAGGCAGGGAUCAGGGCCGCCUCAGGGGCAGUCACCACAGGCUCAGGCUCAGGUCAUACCGGGCGACAGAGCACCUACUCCUCAAGGGUCUACACGUCCCCCGGGUCCAAAACCCCCCACGACGUUUGCAGAGAUGGGAAUUCAAGGUGCAAAAUUAGAGGAGAAGGAAUGUGUCAUUAUGUAGGUGCUCCGUGUAUACCCUUUUUCGAACUCUUUUUUUGGCGACCAUGUUUCAGUUUGUGAGCUUUUUACGUAGGAUUACAUGGACGUAAUGGCUAGAUGUCAUGUUUUCGUUUAUACCUGGUGUAAUGCUAUCAUGGGCUUUAUUAUA